CAUGCACAAUUAGGUUACUACCGUGAACACAACAGUUGUGGUGGGGCGAGAGUUGUUCCAUAGGAGCAGUGGCAACAACAUAUGUGUUUUGCUAGUUUUUUUUGCUAGUCCUCGCGAAGUUUUACACGACAACGUGAUACUUCUUGCUUAAACUUCGGUUUUAGGGGUUUCGUGUCAGUUAUCAGAAAGAAAUUGCAUGCACACGCAAGCAGAGCGAAGAACAUACGACUCUGUUUCCCUGUCCUUAGGGCAAUGGGCUGUGCAAUGAAGGUUUCCCGGUGUUCAUUUCUUCUUUUCUAGCUCAGAAUUUUAAAACAAUGUGUACAUCAGAACGGUGGGAAGUUAAGAUUCUGAGUCUGAAGACGGGCUGGAUAUAGGAAGCGGUUGGGAAAAACGGAAAACAAAAAUCCUAUGGCUUGAAGCUCAUGGAUUUCCUCACAGAGUAUGCCUACAACGAUACUUACUAUGAGAAUGGGACAUUCAACAGCACCGACUGGGAGGUCAAGCAUCCCUACAAUUACUAUGCGAUGCUUCUCACACUGCUCAUCUUUGUCAUUGUCUUUGGCAAUGUGCUGGUGUGUAUGGCUGUCUCCAAAGAAAAAGCCCUACAGACCACCACCAAUUACUUGAUAGUGAGUCUGGCCGUGGCCGAUCUGCUGGUGGCCACAUUGGUCAUGCCCUGGGUGGUUUAUCUGGAGGUGGUGGGAGAAUGGCGGUUCAGUAAAGUCCACUGUGACAUCUUUGUCACUCUGGAUGUCAUGAUGUGUACUGCCAGCAUCCUUAAUCUCUGUGCUAUCAGCAUUGACAGGUAUACAGCCGUUGCCAUGCCAAUGUUGUAUAAUUCAAAGUACAGCUCCAGAAGACGUGUCACAGUGAUGAUCUCUGUGGUUUGGGUUCUGUCCUUCGCCAUAUCCUGCCCCCUAUUGUUUGGACUGAAUAAUACAGCAACUCGGGAUGCGGCCGUGUGUGAGCUUGCGAACCCGUCGUUUGUGGUCUACUCCUCCAUCAUGUCCUUCUACGUCCCCUUCAUCAUCACGCUGCUGGUGUACGUGCAGAUCUACGUGGUCCUCCACAAACGCCGGAAACGUGUCAACACCAAGCGUGGCUGUCAAGCGGUUUACGUUGAGCCUCACGCCACUCCCAAGGAUAAGUGCACCCAUCCAGAGGAUGUGAAACUAUGCACUGUAAUUGUGAAGACCAAUGGAAGCAUCCCCUGCAAGAACAAGAAAGGUCUCCUUGUGAAGGAUGUGGCUCUUCACGGCAGUGAGCUAGAGAUGGAUCUAAUGACAAGCACCACUCCUCCGGAGAAGAGGAAAAUGGUUUCUCCAGAAGCAGGCCAGCGGCUGUCUCCCCUAAAGGCUGACAUCCCCUCUCAGGCUGAAAGACAGGUCAACGGGGAGGAGAAGAAUGGACACUUCAAAGAGGGCCAGUCUCCAAUAGCUGGUAAAGCUUUAGAGACCCAGGCCUUGCCCAAUGGCAAAACCCGCACCGCAUUGACCAAGGCACAGUGCAAGAAAAAGAUGUCACAGCACAAAGAGAAAAAGGCCACUCAAAUGUUGGCCAUUGUUCUGGGUGUAUUUAUCAUAUGCUGGCUUCCAUUCUUCAUCACUCACAUUCUGAAGUCCCUCUGCACAAGCUUGGUCGUCCCACUGGAAAUGUACAAUGCCUUUACCUGGCUGGGGUAUGUGAACAGCGCUAUCAACCCCAUCAUAUACACCACCUUCAACGUCGAAUUCAGAAAAGCUUUCAUUAAGAUACUACAUUGCUGAUAAAAACAGUUUACGCAUAGGACUGGGAAUCAACACGGAGCGAAGAAAAAAACUGUCCAUGAAAACACUGAAAUGUGAAGGUCACAGCACCUCAGGAUUCCUCCGCUAGGCAAGUUUAUGUUCUCAUAGACUCAUUACACACCGGCACUUUGCUGUCACCUCAGUUGAAUGUACUAUACAAGCAGGCCUUUAUGAGUUCUCCCAUUGAGUUGUAAAAAACCUCCAUAAAAAAAAAAAAAAACAGACAAGUUCCAGUGAUGAAUGGACUGAUAAAUUUAGCCAGUGGCCAUUUUUAGAACAGGGCUUUUUCUCCUUGGAACCUCCCUGAUGAAGGAGAUCACAAGGAUCCAUUAGUGGAACAGCAUAUCCUUUUUCUGUGGCAAUGUAGAUGUUACGAUGUUAAUGCAGGAGCAGUCCUGAUGUAAAUUGUGCAACACACAGAGAAUUCAGUAUUAAAUAAUGUGUUAAAUUAUUGGUGUGUCAGACUAUGUACAUAUAAGACAAAGAGCUUUGUGUAUAUCAGGGUCAAAAGAGAUGUAUGAGUUUAUUGGAGAAUGUGACUUGAAUGCUACAUUGACAUUAUCCAUAUUUUGAAAGCUGAUACUAAACGAGUCAAACGUAUAUUUUAGAAAUUAAGGCCCAAAAUCAAGUAAUGGCUUUCUAAAUGGGGAUCCUUGGGGUUUACAAAUGAAAGUGUGUACAUUUCCAGUGUAUUUAAUCCUUUUUCCAUAUGUAGAUGCCCUUUGUUUUGUGUACAGCAUUUCAUUUAGCAUAGAACAAAGCUAUCUAUUCUGAGGUGGUUGGGUUGGCACUGGGUUAAAUGGAUAUACGUGUAAUGUGAAAAAGCUCACGCACAAGUGUCCCUUGUGGCACAGAACAGAACUGUACUGCACAGCUCUUUAAUGCAGGAGUCAGGAGUGAAUGCCCAGCAUUUUGUGAUGAUUUGCCAAAGGUUUGGAAUCAUAAGUUCACACAAUUUUUAAACCAGUUGUGUUGCAGAUCAAGCCUCAUACACAAUACAGAAUUUGCACAAUGCUGUACAAAAUCUAUUGCACCCUACUUGGGGUGGCAGUAACAAUGAACACUGCAUUGGGAAAUAAUAUUAAUUAUAUGCUAAUUUCAUUUAAUAAAUAUAAUACAUAGAUUUUUAUUAUCCAUUCUCUCAAAACUUGGUGUGCCAAAAAUAUUUAAAAUACCUUUUCCUAAAAUGCUAGAAUACUUGGUGACUUAGAUAUAUUGUUUUCAAACAUUAAUAAAAGAUCUAUAAACAAACAAAUGAAUGUUACACGUGACUCCAAGCGAAUGAAAAGCCAUGAGCCAAGAGGCACGCACAGGCGUCAGAGUGUGCAAGAAUGUUUUAAUGAUUGUUUCUGUCGAUGAAAUCUGAAAAAAACUAGUCAAAUACUUCUCGUUGUUUUCUAUAAAAAAAACACUCACUGUAAGCAAUGCUUUUUUUGUAAAUACCAUGUCAAAAUACUUAAAUAAGAUUGGACAGCCGUUGAUUCAAUUUGUGUGAUAGGCUUUUUGUGAAUAAUUGGUUGGACAGCCCAUAUAUUACCUGACAAUAAUGCUGAACUGUAGAAAAGGGUAGAGAAGAUGAACUGCUCAAUAUUUGCCCAUUUUGUUGUAAUACGAUUUGUUCAGGUCUCCUCCUUUCAGUUACUGCUUACAAGAUAACCUACUUUGGUGGUAUGACAUUUUAAUCCAAAUCAUAAUGUGCAAUAAUUGUAUUCAUUUUUUUUUUUAUUAUUAUUGUUUUGUCAACCACACAAUGUAGACAGUAAUGGGAUAUUGUACAAAUAUUGUACAAGUGUAUAUGUGUGAAUUUGAGUGGUCGUGGUUGGGUGAGUUUUAGAAUUAUCAGUGGAUCCUUAUAUACUGGUUUGUAUUUUCACAUUCAAGAGUAUUCAGAAAGCCAUUGUUUAAUUUUUGGAAUUAAAACCAAACACAACCAAAACCAAACACAACCAAACACAAACAUGGACAAAAACAAGCAUGCAUGUUACAUGUGUACUUUACAUGAAAUCCUGGCCAAUGUUUUCCACAGCUGGGUAGCAAAAAAAAUAUUGAUAUUUUACAGAAGCUAUGUGAACUGAAUCUGAAAUGACAAGUUAACAUUUUGACCAUUUCACUAGCAUGUGUAAUAUAUAUAUUUUUGUUGUAAAAUUCUCAUUUGUAAAUAAAACACAUGUUGAAGUGUAAUUUGUAAGGAUACUGGACAUGUUGGCAAGGGAUGGCAUGUCAAACAUUCAACCUAAGAUCGUAGUCUAAGGCUGUGCUUCAAAUUGCAAUAACUGUUUGUCAAACAUUACAUUUUAUUUCUUAAUGAGAUCA